GUCCUGCAAACCGAAGAGCCCCACCUUCUACCUGCGCGCAGUCACCGCCUCCGUGAACUUCGACACAGGUGGUGACCUGAACGACUUCAUGCACGGCUGGCUGAACUAUCAGAUUGAGCACCACUGCUGGCCAGAUCUCUCCAUGCUGGCCUACCAGAAAGGCCAGCCGGAGCUCAAGCAGAUCUGCGAAAAGUACGGCGUUCCGUACGUGCAGGAGAAUGUGUUCGUCCGUCUCAAGAAGACCUUGGACAUCAUGAAGGGGAAGUCUCAGAUGCGCAGAUAUCCUGACACCUUCGAGCGGGAGGUGGAUAUGAUGGUGUGGCGAGACCAAGCGGGUAGAGUCGUCGCCUGA